AGAGCCGGAGAGGAGGCUAGCGGGCGAGGACCGCACGGGCUCUAGCCGGCGCACGAGGACCGCGGCUGUCACUGCGCUCGGAGCAUCCCAGCCCAGCGGGAGCCGUGGGUGCUGCCCCAGCCCCGCGUCCUUCUCGCAGCGCUUGGGGAGCCUCGCGCCCCAGUCGAGCGUCCGUGAUUUUAGCACAAAGCACGUUUCCAAAAAGCCGCGCUUUCGCGCACGCACCCUCGCCCCCCUUUGUUUCGGGGGUUGCCAGGCCGCUCUCCUCCCCAAGUCUGAAUUCUUCAGAAGGGGCGGAGGGCCGCCGAGCCUCGGCUGGGAAGAUGCCCUUGGAACUGACUCAGAGCCGGGUGCAGAAGAUCUGGAUCCCGGUCGACCACCGCCCCUCGCUGCCCAGAACCUGUGGGCCGAAGCUCACCAACUCCCCGACAGUGAUUGUCAUGGUGGGGCUCCCCGCCCGGGGGAAGACCUACAUCUCCAAGAAGCUAACCCGCUACCUCAACUGGAUUGGUGUCCCCACAAAAGUGUUCAACGUGGGUGAGUACCGCCGGGAGGCCGUGAAGCAAUACAGCUCCUACAACUUCUUCCGCCCUGACAACGAGGAGGCCAUGAAAGUCCGCAAGCAGUGUGCCCUGGCUGCCUUGAGAGAUGUCAAAAGUUACCUGACGAAGGAGGGGGGCCAGAUUGCAGUUUUCGAUGCCACCAAUACUACUAGAGAGCGGAGACACAUGAUCCUCCAUUUUGCCAAAGAAAAUGAUUUCAAGGUGUUUUUCAUUGAGUCUGUGUGCGAUGACCCUACAGUCGUUGCCUCCAACAUCAUGGAAGUGAAAAUCUCCAGCCCGGAUUACAAAGAUUGCAACUCCGCAGAAGCUAUGGACGACUUCAUGAAGAGAAUUAACUGCUAUGAGGCCAGUUACCAGCCCCUCGACCCUGAUAAAUGUGACAGGGACCUGUCGCUGAUUAAGGUGAUCGAUGUGGGCCGGCGCUUCUUGGUGAACCGGGUGCAGGAUCACAUCCAGAGCCGCAUCGUGUACUACCUGAUGAACAUCCACGUGCAGCCCCGCACCAUCUACCUGUGCCGGCAUGGCGAGAGCGAGCAUAACCUGCAGGGCAAGAUCGGGGGCGACUCGGGCUUGUCCAGCCGGGGCAGGAAGUUCGCCAACGCCCUGAGCAAGUUCGUGGAGGAGCAGAACCUGAAGGACCUCAAGGUGUGGACCAGCCAGUUGAAGAGCACCAUCCAGACGGCCGAGGCCCUGCAGCUGCCCUACGAGCAGUGGAAGGCCCUCAACGAGAUCGACGCGGGCGUGUGUGAGGAGAUGACGUACGAGGAGAUCAAGGACACCUACCCCGAGGAGUACGCGCUGCGAGAGCAGGACAAGUACUACUACCGCUAUCCCACCGGAGAGUCCUACCAGGACCUGGUGCAGCGCUUGGAGCCGGUCAUCAUGGAACUGGAGCGGCAGGAGAACGUGCUGGUUAUCUGCCACCAGGCCGUCCUGCGCUGCCUCCUGGCCUACUUCCUGGACAAGAGCGCAGAGGAGAUGCCCUACCUGAAGUGCCCGCUUCACGCUGUCUUGAAGCUGACACCUAUCGCUUAUGGUUGCCGAGUAGAAUCCAUCUACCUGAACGUGGAGUCUGUGAGCACACACCGGGAGAGGUCAGAGGAUGCAAAGAAGGGACCUAACCCGCUCAUGAGACGCAAUAGUGUCACCCCACUAGCCAGCCCCGAGCCCACCAAAAAGCCUCGCAUCAACAGCUUUGAGGAGCAUGUGGCCUCUACCUCCGCUGCCCUGCCCACCUGCCUGCCCCCGGAGGUACCCACGCAGCUGCCCGGACAACCUUUGCUAGGGAAAGCCUGUUUGUAAGUAUUUUUCUCUGAAUUCUUUUGCUCUUUGCAUCUCUUUCUCCUUGCUUGCCAGCUUGGCCCUCCUGCCUGUUGUGGUGAGGCUAACGGCAGUUUAUGUAAAAUCUGAAGGAGGAAGGAGAACGGGUCCGUGAAUUUUCAGGACAGGACGCAGGGCGUGGGUGUUCCGUGCGUCCUCCUGCCGUCCUGGCCGCCGCCGCCUUCUCCUCGCUCCCUCUCGGGGCGGGGGUGACUGUCAGUGUUUGCGGUUCUCCGUGGCUAGACAUCGGUCUGCUUUUUCCCUCUUAGCGUCAGACGUUGGUGGGAAGCUGGGUCUUUGCCUUUUGAUGUUGUCUUUUAUGUUCUGGGCCUCCCCCAAGAGCCCUACCAUUUUGAGAGGGAAGUUUGCGCAGAGCAAAGUUUAUGCAGAGCCUAACCUGCACAGUGAACUGUGGAGGAACCGAGUGCCCCCUCCUGUCCUGCAGGGAUCCCUCACCUUCAAGGGCUCCGGGACCCCGGCUCCGGGACCCCCGCUCCGGAGUGGUCUGCUUGGACACGACUGGUCCGCAUCGUAUUGUCCUGGAUCAGAACACUCCUGGCCUUUACGGUCAUGUCCAGGAUGGGGUGCGGCUGUCUCUCUGCAGUUUCUGGUUAAUUCAGCGCUGGUUAAUUCCACUGGAUAAACUCAGUGCUUCCUCUGCUCUGGUGGCCCCCAGCCACAGGAAUGAACUGAGGCCGUUAUAUCACAAAUUUUAACAAGAGACACCCUGAAAUAUCACCCUAACUCCUUGAGUCACACCUGCCCUGCCUUCCCCUUCGCUGGCUAGGCUCAUCCACACAGAAACAUGGCUUAUUCUUGGAAAAUAGGAGCUGCUGGGCAUUGUGUUUGGACUGAGUGAUACCUGCCCAGAAAUACACAUUGUCACUUUUCAGCUUGUACACGUCCCGAGUCUUUAGUCCUUAAAAUAAACCCAGGAGGUCGCAGGGCAGUUCUUGGCCCCACUUCCCAGAUGAGGGUGAGGCCUCGCCCACAAUCACCCUACCAGCCCUCAGCAGAAUCAGUGGUUGAAUGGCUGUCCAGUCCCAAAGGCUGGCUGCUUUCUCUCUGCUGGCUUCCAGAGCUGCCCGGGUCCCGUUCGCCUGCCCAUCCCAGGCACCCGGCAUUUGCAGCCUGUGGGGUGAGGCCCAGAGUAGUUUGGGUUCCUUUCUGGCUCUCGCAGCCUCUGCUUUGCAGCCGCUUCGUGCGGCUGCGACGUGUGUAUUUAACGGUGGGCUUGCCCAUCAGAGUCAGUCUGUAAGGGUAACAGUCCUGUGUCGGUGACCCCUUUGACACAUAGAAUGCCCCAAGGGUGAAUGUUCUUGUGUGAAAAGCAGCCUUCGGGGUUUGCAACCUUACAGUUUUGCAUCUGUGCAUGUCCUCUUCCUUUUGAUCCACAGCCUGGUGUUGCCAGGAAGGACAUCUUCCUGCUUAGAGAGGGCCAUUCAGCCACCCUUUGAGGUUGAAGUUGUCUCUUUCUAAGGCUGGUACUGCCUCUGGUCAGAACACCUCCAGUUCAGUGAAAAUGUAUUCUCUGCGUCCAUGCAGAUGUGCCAGUGUUCAGGUGUCGUGAUGAUGA